ACUUGCAAUCCAUUCCACUAUAAUUCUACCACUGAUCUACUUAAUAAUAGUAAGGAAGAAUCCUUAUCGUUUUGCCAUGGGGAUGGCUCAAGCACUUCUGACAGCCCUCAUGAUUUCUUCCAGUUCAGCAACUUUGCCUGUCACCUUCCGCUGUGCAGAAGAAAAAAACUUCAUUGAUAAAAGAAUCACCAGGUUCGUUCUUCCAGUUGGAGCUACCAUCAACAUGGAUGGUACAGCCCUUUAUGAAGCAGUGGCAGCCGUGUUUAUUGCACAACUGAAUGACUUACAACUGGAUAUUGGCCAAAUAGUUACCAUUAGUGUCACAGCUACAGCAGACAGCAUCGGGGCUGCAGGCGUCCCCCAAGCCGGACUUGUGACCAUGGUGAUUGUGCUGAGUGCUGUUGGCCUGCCUGCUGAAGAUGUUACUCUGAUCAUUGCAGUUGACUGGCUUCUGGAUCGAUUCAGAACAAUGGUGAAUGUCUUGGGAGAUGCCUUUGGUACAGGGAUAGUGGAGAAGCUCUCUAAAAAGGAGCUGGAGCAGAUGGAUAUCACCUCUGAAGUCAACAUUGUCAAUCCUUUUGCCUUGGAAACAACAAUACUUGAUAAUGAUGAAGGAGAGACCAAGAAAUCUUACGUCAAUGGAGGCUUCGCUGUAGAUAAGUCUGACGCCAUAUCCUUCACACAGACAUCUCAGUUCUAAAGCCAGUGGCUUUCAGGUAAGACAGGAGCACUAAAGGACAUGGCCAUAUGCAAUAUCUCAAAAGGCUUAAAGGAUAAUUGAGAAUGAAUUACAUCUCACUUGCAUUUGAUUUACUACACAGACUUGAUUCUUCUUACCAGUUCUGCCCCCUCCUCAUCUUCUCUCUCAACGAUUUUAACUCACCACUCUUAGUCCUUGCUGAAAGAAAAAGACUGUUGUGAAAUAGUUGGGUUUUUAUUAGGAAGAUACACUAUUGCUGAGGCUAUGAAAUGCCUCUUCAAAAUCAGCAUGCGCAUAAAUGGGUAUCUUAGCUGGGGCAGCCAAAUGUGUUUUACUCAGGAGUAGCACAGCAUUUCACACCUUACCACAUCACAAAGCACCUGUAUGAAAUCCUUGCCUUCUAAACAGGUUGCACUGUACUUGACACCUACUGUAACUUGAUCAUUUGCCAAAAUGCUAAUUUCUGCAGCUGAGGGGAUACUACUUGCGUGAUUCAGGAAAAAACAGA